AUGAAUGAAGGACUUCUGAAUGGUCUGCACAUAGUGGAUAACGAAUGGCCAGCUUUAAAUGAGUUGAACAAAAACUCAGGAAGUAAUAAGAGAUUUGUUACUAGACUUAAAUCCAAACAAAAGUGGGAAGAUCUGCCUGUUCAGCUUACUUUUUCUAAAAUCCAAAGUUCGUUACCUUCAGAAAGCAACCUUCCUCCAGAAAUCGGGUAUCCUGCCUAUAAGGAUUUAAAGGAUGUGGAUAAAUUUGAGGCUCCUGAAUGCACCGAACCUAUAAAGAGUGUAAAUCUAGAUAAAACCCGAAAGUUUCAAAGCAACUGCUCAAACUCUCAGUGGUGUCUAUACGUCAACCCAAAUUUUGCCGGAGUGGAGCUAUGCUACUUAGUGCCUCGGCCAGGAUUUAACCCUCGCGUAUUGUCACACUACCGACACCAUAUUUCUCAAAGCCAACCAUGUAGUUAUGAUACAAGUGAAUGCGUGGCCUGCGUAUCUGAGAGGCUUUCCAGGAUCAGAAAUCAAAUAG